UGUGUGUUUAUUGUAUCUGAUGGAAUGAAUCUCUUCACGUUUGUGGAGGUAGCCAUAUUGGAGUGCGAGAGAAAUUAAGUACAUAUGUCUGCGAUACAGAAACCAUCGGAUAAUGACGCUUGGGCUCUUUUGGCACUUAAGUCAGCUCCAGCUAGCCCCUCUAAGGUUCAGUGGAGUCCAGAGCCAAAAGGAACCGCUAUAGCGCGACUUGAAGGGAGAGAAUUUGAAUACAUGAUUCGGCAAUAUCGGAUUACAAUAGGGCGAAAUAGUAGCCGAGGAGAGGUAGACGUGAAUAUGGGGCACUCGAGCUUUAUCUCUAGAAGACAUUUAGAAGUUUAUUUUGAUAGUCCACAUUUUUACAUGAAUUGCAAUGGCAAAAAUGGAGUGUUUGUAGACGGAAUUUUUCAAAGGAAAGGUGCGCCACCAUUACAGUUGCCAAAAACGUGUGUCUUUAGGUUUCCAAGUACCAGUAUCAAGGUUAUGUUCCAGUCCCUGGUUGAUGAGCUGAAUCCCCCAAUCCACUACCAGUUUCCAGACUCACCUAAACCACUCAAGAUAACCAUACCAGAACCAGAGCAAAACAUGGCAAGUCCUGUUCCAUCUCCAACUGCCACCAUCAGUGCAGCUAACUCGUGUCCUGCUAGUCCCAGGGGAGGUUCUCACAGGCGCAAUAUCACUAGUGACCUACAGAUGGCAGCAACAUAUGCAGCAGCAGCCUCAGCAGAAGAAAGAAAAGAACAAACAGAUACAGUCAGUGAGUCAGCUACAACAAGUAGAGAAAUCUCCAAUUCAAAAGAUGACCUUAAACCACCUUAUUCCUAUGCUCAGCUUAUAGUACAGGCCAUCUCAUCUGCUUCAGACAAACAGCUGACUUUAAGUGGAAUUUAUUCUUAUAUUACAAAGAAUUAUCCAUAUUAUCGUACUGCAGACAAGGGCUGGCAAAACUCAAUCAGACACAAUCUGUCUCUAAACCGCUACUUUGUAAAAGUGCCAAGGUCUCAGGAGGAGCCAGGGAAGGGGUCUUUUUGGAGAAUUGAUCCUCACUCUGAGUCCAAAUUGAUAGAACAGGCUUUUAGAUGUCGUCGGCAGCGAGGUGUUCCUUGUUUUAGAACUCCACUUGGUGGUCUUUCAUCAAGAUCAGCACCUGCCUCACCAACACAUGGUAGUUUCAGUGGCUUAACCAUGCCAGAUUCUCUAUCUCGAGAGCCCAGCCCGGUGCCUGAAAUCACAGCCGAUGAUCCAACAGGGGUAACCCUAUUGAACCCUAGUUCUUACUUUAUGUCACAAGAAAUCAAAACAACCCAGUCUGCUCCAGGCUCUCCUGGUGCUCAUCAGACACAUAUUGUAUUAGGGUCUAGUAGCUCUGCACAGACAAGCAAACUCAGAGUUUUCAAUAGCAGUCAUCCUGUCACCAUGGUGGCAAAUGGUACAACCAGCAAUGGUCGUCAUUUUGAUAACACCUGGCAAAAUACUGGAAACCAUGAUAAAUCUUACAGUCAGCUUGGAACAAACACUAGUGAAGUUCAUAUUUAUUCUUCUAACCCUCAACAACUGGAGCAUUCAGUUUCUCCUCUGCAUGGACAACCCACUGUUAUUGUACAGGGUCCUUCUUCUUGUGUCACAACCUACUCUGUUACUAUUGGAUGUGGGAUUUCACCCUCGUAUGUUUCUUCCAGUAAAGUUGAGGGUCUUACUUUUGUCACACCCUCUUCUACAUCUUUGGUGUCUCAGCCAGCUCUUGCAGUCCCAACAAAAAGGUCUUUUAUUAGUACAGAAACUUCAUGCCACAAUAACCAAGAGACUUGUGUCAGUUCUACUGGAGAUAGGAAUGAGGUGAAACGACCACGGGCUGAAGAAGCAGCUAUCUUUAGCACUUGACUAGAGUAAAAGUAUUUACUUCCCACCUGAUUCUUACUUAAUUCUUGCUACAUUUAGAAUCUUCACUUUUUAUCCAAUGAAAUUCUUCUCUAGCUGUGAAAAUGUUACAAUGGCAGAUCUGUUGUAUGAUUAAAAAUUAAUCCACAGAUCAUGUAGUCUGAUGCUCUGUUAAGCCACAGAUUAUGCAGUCUGAUGAUCAGUUAAACAACAGAUCAUGUAGUCUGAUGAUCAGUUAAAUCACAGAUAAUAUAGUCUGAUGAUCAGUUAAGCCACAGAUUAUGUAGUCUGAUGAUCCAUUAAAUUACAUGCUAUUUUAACUGAACCCAGUUACAAAAGUUACAGAAAUUAUUUGGGAGAUUUUAGUGACCAUUUGAAGAUCCAUGAAUUGGAGAAACUGGGAAUUUUCAGUAUUUCUUACCUUUGUAAGGUAUAUAUCUUGUAAACAACAUUGUUUUAUUUUAUGUCAUGUAGAAAUACUGUUAUUGUUAUAUAGUGAAAUUCCAUUAAAAAUAUUAUUCUGAUGUUGUCAUACAAGUUGUGAAGGCAAGAACAUUGCAUAAUAAUUCAAAAACAUUUGUGUAUUAAGAAGUCUAAUAAAAUAACCUGUGUAAGUGACGAACCCCCACACAUGCAUUGUAUUGUGUGAAUAAUGUGUGUAUUUAUGUAACAACCUCACCAAAAAGUGUUUAAUUCAUAUUGUAGCACUGAAAAUGUUAUAUUGGUAAUGGAAUUAUAUUUUAGAAUGUAAAA